GAUGGCGAGCUAACAGACCUAAAGUCUGGAUCGGUACACUUCCUUUCUCUGGGUGUUAGACAGCCUGAGAAAAACUUUAGCUUUAGGUCAAACUCGAGAUAGUUUCUUUUAAAUGCGCUCCAAAGAGUUAGUCUUAAAGAGUUUUGGGCUGGAAGGCUGGUGGGUGUAAUAAGACCGUAGUGAAGAAACAGGACCGGGGGUUAGCCACACUGAAGAAGUAGACAGCUUUUCUGUAAAGAAUCUAAUGAGCCGCGCAAAAAGUUAGACAUUAAGUUGGAUCUUAACAGGAAUAAGGAAACUUGAAGAUUUUAAUGAUGACUGAAAAAGAGUUGGUGAUUGACGAUAUGAUAACAGAUGCAAUGGCCACUCCAUCUCCAGCCAAGAGUAUGGGCGACCCAGGCAUCACGCCACUUUCCCCCACACACGUACUGAACGACUCAGAAGAGAAUGAGCCUACGAGACACCCCUAUGUGGUGGUGGUGGCCAUUGACUUUGGCACCACCUCCAGUGGCUACGCAUACGCCUUCACUAAAGAGCCAGAGUGCAUUCACACUAUGAGACGCUGGGAGGGUGGUGACCCAGGGGUGUCAAAUCAGAAGACGCCCACCACCAUUCUACUGAGUCCAGACAGGAAGUUCCACAGUUUUGGUUAUGCAGCCCGAGAUUUUUACCACGACCUGGAUCCCACCGAGUCUAAGCAAUGGCUCUACCUGGAGAAGUUUAAAAUGAAACUACACACCACUGCAAAUCUGUCCAUCGAUACAGAUUUACAUGCUGCCAAUGGGAAAAAGGUGAAAGCUCUGGAUAUUUUUGCUUAUGCUCUGGCCUUUUUUAAGGAGCAGGCUCUUAAGGAGCUGAGUGACCAAGCAGGGGCAGAUUUUGAUAAUGCUGACGUCAGAUGGGUCAUCACAGUACCAGCCAUCUGGAAAAUGCCGGCUAAGCAGUUUAUGAGAGAGGCAUCAUAUAAGGCUGGUCUGGUUUCUCGUGACAACCCUGAUCAGCUGAUCAUUGCUCUGGAACCAGAGGCUGCAUCCAUUUACUGCAGAAAGCUUCGUCUCCACCAAAUGGUGGAUUUGGGCAACAAAACAUCCCUGAAUGGUUACAGCCCAACUGAGAAUGUUGGGGCGGGAAUGACCCAGGCCAAGGAGCAUGUGCGCCGUAACCGACAGAGCCGCACCUUUGUGGUGGAGAAUGUCAUAGGAGAGCUCUGGUCUGAACUCACUGAAGGUGACCGUUAUGUAGUGGUGGAUUGUGGAGGAGGGACGGUGGAUCUUACUGUGCAUCAGAUUCGGAUGCCGGAAGGGCACUUGAAGGAGCUUUACAAAGCCUCAGGAGGCCCGUAUGGGUCUAUCGGUAUAGAUUAUGAAUUUGAGAAGCUCCUGUGUAAGAUAUUCGGACAGGAUUUCAUUGACCAGUUUAAGGUCAAGCGUCCGGCUGCCUGGGUGGAUCUGAUGAUUGCGUUUGAAUCUCGUAAGAGAGCUGCAGCUCCUGACCGAAGCAAUCCAUUGAAUAUUAACCUGCCCUUCUCUUUCAUCGACUACUACAAGAAAUUCAGAGGACACAGCGUAGAGCAUGCGCUGAAGAAGAGCAAUGCUGAAUUUGUGAAGUGGUCUUCACAAGGCAUGCUGAGGAUGAGCCCAGAUGCAAUGAAUGCACUGUUCAAACCAACUAUAGACCACAUUAUACAGCACCUGACUGAGUUAUUUGAAAGGCCAGAGGUGACAAACAUCAAGUUCCUUUUCCUGGUGGGAGGAUUCGCAGAGUCUCCGCUGCUGCAGCAGGCCGUUCAGAAUAUGCUUCAGGGCCGCAGCCGAAUUAUUAUACCGCAUGAUGUGGGCUUGACCAUCCUCAAAGGGGCAGUGCUAUUCGGUCUGGAUCCCAGCAUCAUAAAGGUGCGCCGCUCUCCGCUCACCUAUGGUGUGGGUGUCCUGAACCGUUUCAUAGAGGGGAAGCACCCGCCGGAGAAGAUGCUUGUAAAGGAAGGUACACGCUGGUGCACCGACGUCUUCGAUACGUUCAUCUCCACCGAUCAGUCAGUGGCACUGGGAGAAACGGUAAAGCGUAGCUACACACCGGCGAAGCCGUCACAGCAGGUGAUCGUCAUUCACGUAUACUGCUCAGAAAAAGAGUCGGUCAGCUUCAUCACGGACCCAGGCGUGAGGAAGUGUGGUACACUGAAGCUGGAUGUGAGCGGCACUGAGAGUCCAGCAGCACGAAGAGAGAUCCAGACGCUCAUGCAGUUCGGAGACACUGAGAUAAGAGCCAUGGCUGUCGAUGUGGCAACCUCUCGCAGUGUCAAAGCUAGCAUCGAUUUCCUUAGUCAGUAGAGGAAGAUGAGGGAUGAGUAAACCACACACUGCAGAAACUCAGCAUUUUAGUUAUGUUUUCCAGUGAAAAUAUCCAGACAUUCUUAAAGGAAGACAGAACUUGUUUUUAGAAUUUUUUUUUCUGAAAAACUAAUACAUGUAAUUAGCAAGAACGCUUUCAAAUGAUUAAAAGUAGUCAGAAAAGAUUCAUAUUUCAAGCAAAUGCAAACAAACUUUCAUCAGCUGCACAACUGUUUUCAAAAUGGAUAAAAAUAAUAAAUGUGUCUUAAGCAGCAAAAUAGCAUAUUCAAAAGAUUUCUGAAGAAUCAUGUGACAUGAUGAAAGACUGGUGUAGUGGCUGCUGAAUUCAGCUUAUUCACAAGAAUAAAUUACAUGAUAAAAUAUAAAAAUGUAAAAAA